UAUUGUCUGAUGAAGGAGCGCUCAGACUGGAGACGGAGACGCCGGCACCUUGCGUCCGGGGCUUGCGCUCGUAUUUCUCGGCUUUAAAUGAAUAACUGAGCGGAUGGUCAUUGUCACAUCGCCUGCAGGCUACACCCGGGUGUCUGUUUGAGGGAGGCUGUGGUGGAGAGAUUUAAAUCCGAUUACGAUUAUAAAGGAAGCAACAAAAGACUGACCUUUUUUUCUUCUUUGUUUAGCCUCCUGUGCUCGUCUGCUGCGGCCGCUGAUCAAACUUACCAGUGUAAUGGGAAAUAUUGAUUAUUUUACGGGCGUUUGUGAACAAUUUAUGCGCGUUAGACACGUCGAUGUGGUCAGUUCUCACAACCCGGGUUUGCUGGCUCAUCUAAAUAUAAUAUAUAAUACAGAAUUUGGCUUGAGGCGCACACUGGCCGUUUUUGAAUCACGUUUAAUUCACAAACAGGUAUUUGGAGAUCCAUGCGCAUUGAGAUCACCGUCACUGGCUACAGAUUGGAAAUGCUCGGACUAAAUCCUGACGGAUCAGGGGGAUGCCAGGAGUCUGGGUAGUAAAACACGCACAUUGUGAAUGGGCGUAGGCGAUGUGCAGCCGUCUCCUCCUUUUUUUCCCCUCCUUUGCUCGUAUCCUUUGGCCAGCAGCUAUCGCCUCUUGCAUGCCGUGCCGUGCCAGGCAUGACAGCACAACUAGACCGGAACAAUGCGUUUUGCUGUUCUGGGGCCUUUCAUUUAAUGCAUGACGUGAUUUAAUAUGAUCGCGGCUCAGAUAUGUGUGAUUCCACAGCCUUCACCGUGCAUGGGUAUUUUAUUUAUUUAUUUAUUUGUUGUUAAUAGCAACAUAUGCUGCUGUAAAUGGUGCGUAUUUUGGAGAGUAGUGCGUGUUAUGUGCCGCCUGCGCUCUGCUCCGCUGCAGGCUUUGUGCUGUGACUCAGGGAUGGACGCUAGCACAUGAGAUGGGAGUUGCUGCUCGGGGUCACUCAGCCAGAGGAGAAACAAGACGGGCAGAACUUGCACAUCAGGAAAGACUUGAUGCCUGGCUGCAUUAGCUUCGCUCUGCUCUGCUGACUGCUGCUCUGUCCCACUUCACUGCAGCCAGCCAGCCAGCCAUCCUCUGCCUCCUCUCUGCAUCUGUAGUCUCAGCUCCAUGUCUCCAGGCCACACUGUGUUGUAGCUGGAGCACCAACACUCUGACCCAAUGCCUCUAAUAGUUAAAGAAGUCAUAUUCAUAUUGCUGCUGCCACUGGAGGCUGUCAAUUGAUCAAUUCCGUUAAAUAAUGGGUCAGGGGUUGCGUCCAUGUGUGGUGAUCGCAGCAGAUGGACUGAUGGCUGUAUAUUGAUUUAUUUAGUGGUUGCAUUAAUGCGUACUGGAACUUGGUUGGAGUAUUGUAGCCCACAUGUGUUUUUUUCCUUCCUCAAACUGUACCAGUGUUACUACUGCAGAGACAAACGGAGACGUGACCUCAUUGAUGUGACAGCUCCAUGGUGAUGGCACAGUUGACUGGCAGCGGUGCCAUAAUGUAGGCCAACCCCAUUAAUGAGCAUAUAGCAGAAAACAUUUUGAGACUGAAGCGCACUUGCCUCAAAACACCCUAAAGUAAAUCAUCAGCUGUCUAUAACCAGGUUUUCUGCUCUUUCCUGUGUGAUGAAAUAUUAAAAGUCUUGCUCCAAGUGGUAUUCCAGAGGACUGUUGUAGCUCCUGGCUAACCGACUGCCCUCGUAUUACUUUAAGAUAAGGCCUCUAUUGUGCAAUUUUUGAAGGAAACUGGCUCAGACACUGAGACAGACUUUCCAGACUUGCGACAUCUAUCAUCCUUCAACAUCCAAAGGCCUUCCUUAGACAUCAAGAUCUUCCUCUUGCUCUCUGUGUCUGUCUUUCUGUCUUUCUCUCUCCGGAACCAUCAGAACCGUUGACAGAGAUCUGUAACACAAUGCAGCGUACUAUUAAAAGACUCAUUAUUUAAUAGUGCACUGGGGAACACAAGCCUUGCCAGGUCGCUGAUGAAAGGGGAAAUGAAAUGAGCGGCGCAUGGUGAGCCCUGUCUUCAUAAUGCUAAUGGAAUGAGCUGACAGACUGAAUGAAGAACAGAAGAUGUGAUUAUGUCUGGAAGACGUGGGAAACAGGGACACCGACUAAACACAACAAACAGCACUGAUGAUCGACUUAACACGAGCCACCAAACUGUUGUUUGAUAGCUGUAAAAGUAAUAUUUUCCUUUUUUGGUGUCUUUGAUGCUCUUAUGUGGAAGCACAGAAAAUGGAACAAAGCUCAGACCGUCACUGUAUGAAGCCUGUCGUCCUUAACGACACAAAUGCAAAGACAACAAGUGAACAGAACUAAACAAAAUCUAAACAGAAUCACAAUAACUUGUCUGUGAGGCAAUACAUGGGUCAAAUAGAGUUGCUAGCGUAGAGUCAAAUAUUAACUGCACGCUAGCAUGUGCACAGUAACACGCACCAACAUUUAUCAGAUGUAAUGUGGAAUUAUGUAAAUUUAGCAAGCUGGUGUGCUAAAAUUUGCUAAUUUCGCACUAAACACUUUGAUUUGAUGCUAGUUCAAGUGUUAGGGAUUAUUUCAGGUCAUCCUGGGACAUUAUGUCUGUGCCAAAUUAUACGGUAAUCUAUCUGAGUUAGGGAAACUCAGAAUUUUUUGGGAUAUAUAUGUAUACAGAACAGUGAAUGUCUGUACAAAUUUUUGUGUCAACUCAUAAUGAGUAGGUGCUUAAAUAUGAAGAAAUACAGCAGAAUGAUGAUGAGGUGCAAUCAGACCAUUUUACACAGUUCUGUUUCACCACUAGAGAAUGGUCUGACUGUCCAAGGCAAGGAAAAACCUCACCGCAUGGUUGCACUAGAGGAAAGAGUCAGAGGAAAGUCAGUAGGAUUCAUCCUCUACAGGCUACAAAUGUUUAAUGGCAGUUCCAUCCUGUAGUUCUUAAUGUAUUUCGGCUUGGACUAAAGCAGUGGAACAAUAGACCAUCUACACUCUGCUAGUUUGGUUAAUAAACCAAACUUAAUGAGAAUCCUUUGUUCAGAACUACAUGACUAAUUUAUUUUGAGUUUAAAAAGCUUUAACUCAAGCUAAAAUUAUUUCAGGAGUGUGGACCAAUAGCACUCAAAGAAAGUCAGUAAAAAUCCAGGUCAGUGCACUCAAGGUGGGUUUGAAAAAAAUGUACUGAAGUUCAGUGGGCUAGAGAUGUUAAAAAUACACCGAGGCUCGUCCAUGAGCGGUUUAAGGGACGCCAGAACUGCUCUUUUUCUCAUAUUUAAAAAAAAAAAAAAAUUCAGUCACUAUCUUUUUUAGGUAUGUGAAUACACAUGUUGAUUCUCUAUAUAGAAUAAAAUGUUUCUCAAGAGUUUUUAGAAAUGGACGCCACCGUACAUAUUGACACCCUGAACAACUGAGAUUUCUGCAUGUCACACAGCACCUGAAGAGCUUGGCUUUCUCAUUAAGGAUACUUAUAAUUUCAACAAAUUUUAUGAAAUGAUCAAGCUUUAACAUAUAUAAUUUUGUUUUAAAAAAAUUGGCCCUUGUUGACAAUUUACUAGCUCCUUCUGUAAAAAUCAAACUGUCCAGUUGUUGCAGAAGCUGCCUGUGACCAUGAACACCAACCUUAAAUGCAAUAAGAUCAUGGAAUGCAUGAAAUGUUUUCAGCAUGUGUUUGCUGUUUGCAGCCGUUCACCUACUUUCAAAUGAUGCUCAAAUUUUAGAUGCAAACAUGCGUAAUACUGAGAUAUUUUACUUCUCUUCACUUUACAUCUCAUUCAACACAAGUUUAAACAAUGAACGAGGACUGCACUCUUAAUGAAAAGCGGAGAAUCAUAAAUUCCUGUACCUAUGGCGUAUUUAAUGUCCGCUCUGCUUCUUGCUCCUUAUAUUUACAGCUUUGCAUUCAUGAAAUAUGAUGCAGCUCUGUGCUGGUUAGCUGCUGUUGCACUGAAUGUUCUUGAAAGUCUGUGUCCAACUUUAUUGGCAGCAACCGUGAACCAAAAUGAAAUGUUGAGUUGCUGAACCAACUCCUGCUGCUGCUACGCUGAGCCUCAUGUGGUGCAGCUGUAUCCGGUGGCCGCACCAGAUCGGGAUUGGCCCUGAUGAUCACAAGGAACCCUCUCCACCUCCUUUCAGCCAAUCCUGGAGGGGCUACAGAGCUGAUGUCUCAGAGGACACGAGGGUACGCGUGUUCUGGAGUGCUGAAGAGACAAGCUACAUCACGAUAAAUGGAGGAGAAGGAGCGAUGUAGGAGCAGGUCUCCGGCUCGGAGGGCCAGUCGGGUGCAGCAGGUGGUGGGAACAAUAAUACGACGCACCCGAGAGUCCCUCAGCAGAGAGCGGUUGCUAGGCGAUGGGAGGUCGCAGCGCUCCAACAGUCUGUCCAAUCAGAACUUCCAGGCCAAGCUGACGCUGCAAAUCACCAGGGACCCGGUCCUGGACAGCAGCACCGGACAUGGCUUCACCCUCACUACAAACGCACCCCUGCUGGUCAGGGACGUCGCUCCAGGGAGUCCUGCAGAUGGGAUACUGUACCCAGGGGACCAGGUGCUGCAGAUUAAUGAUGCAGUGCUGGAGGAUUUGAGUGCAGAGCAGGUGGAAAACGUCUUAAGGGACUUGGAGGAUUGUAUCAAUGUGACUAUCCUUCGACACAUGACGAAUCCCAAGUCAUCCAUUAUGUCCGCAGAGAAGAGAGCUCGUCUGAGGAGUAAUCCAGUUAAAGUGCGCUUUGCAGAAGAGGUGGUGGUCAAUGGGCACACUCAGGGAAACUCUCUUCUCUUCCUGCCCAAUGUCCUCAAAGUCUAUUUAGAGAACGGACAAACCAAGGCUUUCAAGUUCGACAACACUACUACUGUCAAGGACAUUGUUCUGACUCUGAAGGAUAAACUGUCCAUCCGGGCCAUUGAGUACUUUGCCCUGGUGCUAGAGCAACAGUACAGCAUCACUAAACUACUGCUCCUGCAUGAAGAUGAGUUCAUACAGAAGGUGGUGCAGAAAAAAGACUCCCAUGAUUACAGGUGUCUGUUCAGGGUUUGUUUCAUCCCCAGAGACCCUGUGGACCUGCUGCAGGACGACCCCUCUGCCUUUGAGUACCUCUUUUUACAGAGUGUUGGAGACGUGCUGCAGGAGCGUUUCGCAGUAGAGAUGAAGUGUAACACUGCACUCCGCCUGGCUGCCCUGCACAUGCACGAGAGACUAGAUAGCUGUGGACAGACCAGAACCUCUAUCAAGAGCAUUACAAAGGAGUUUGGUCUGGACAGCUUCAUCUCUCCCACUCUGCUGAGCAACAUGAGGGAGAAAGACCUGAGGAAAGCCAUCAGCUACCACCUCAAAAAGAUCCAGUCCCUGCUCGAGCCACGCCAGAAGGUAAUAUCUGCCUCUCAGGCUCGGUUGGCCUACCUCACUCAGCUGGGAGAGCUCAUCUCUUAUGGGGGUCGCUCCUACACAGCUACAAUGAUGCUUCAGGACAGGGAAGUGCUGGUCAGCCUGCUUGUGGGAGCCAAGUAUGGGAUGAGCCAGGUCAUAAACCACAAGCUCAAUGUGAUCUCUACACUGGUCGAGUUCAGCAACAUCAGCCGAGUGGAGCUGCUAUCGGAAUCAGAUAAAGUCAGCCUGCUGCGCAUCUCACUGCAUGACAUGAAGCCAUUUGCCUUACUGAUGGACUCUCUGGCAGCCAAAGACUUAGGGUGUCUGCUGGGAGGCUACUGCAAACUCCUGGUGGAUCCCAAUGUUAAUGUCUUCCGUCUGGGGCGCCCAAAAGUGAGGGUGCACCGGAUCCCUGCUGAAGAAGGUGUGUGUGGGAGGUUCGCCGUAAUAGAAGGCGUGUGCUAUGAAUCCCUAUCAAGUUAUGUGUCUCGCUGCUGCAGUGACUCAGACGACUCAACAGAUGAGGAUGACCCGAUGGAUUCUCAGAAUUACAAACGUCCAGAUCCAGCAAGUCAAGACUGGGAGGAAAGGAGGAGAGAGGAGGAAGAAAAAAGGAGAGAAGAAGAGAGAAAAGAGAGGGAGGAGCACAAAGGCAAACAGGAAGUGAAGAUAAUAGUGACAACAGAAGGUAAGGAAAAUGAGAGUGAAGAGGAAGGAGGUGCAACAGGAUGUGGCCUGCGUAAAUUCAGUGUUAUGGAUGAAGAAAUGAACUUGGAGACCACCUGGUACCACACUGACCCACGGGUCACCAGCAGCUUCUCCAGCUUGUCCAGUGGUUCCCUGAGCGCUGCUCUGGAGGAGAGCAGUGCUGCCGCCAAAGCCUCAUCUCGCCUGGAUGCUCUUCGUGGACCACGCACAGCCGAGGAUCUUCCAAGCUUGGAUGUUCACCACCCCUACCUCCUGGAGCCGAAACGGCACCAAGGGCCCCUGCGACCCACCAAUCUCAAUUACCGCGGCAAUGACAACUCUUGUCUUUGUUUUGCUGAUCUCUCCAAGGCUGAUUUCCUACCUAGCCCUCCUGAGGCUACUAGUGAUGAUGAUGAUGAUGACGACGAUGAAGAGGAGGAAGACCUUGGACUAGCUGGACUUAGACGCAUUUCUAAGAUUCCUAGUUCAAGAGACUUGAGAAUGAUAGAUAGCAUGCCCUUUCAAAGAUCACCUAUCAAAAAAAAGAAAAAGAUCCCUCCCAAAGUCCCAGUAAGGACAAGUUCAAUUCCUGGAAACAAGGCAGGACAGUCAGAGCACCGUCUGUCUAAGGAUGAAGAGAGUCUAUUUUUGACACCUUCACCGAACCCCAAACCAGCUCUUUUGGUCAAAGACAACGUCUCAGAGUCUGAGGACGAGUUUUUUGACGCACAGGAGAGAUUUACUCCACCAGUCCCUGAUCUAUCAGACGCUGAGCUGGCUGAUCGGCGAAAUGCUAAUCGUUUAAGUGGAACCUGGAAUGGUCUUCCAUCUAUGCCAAGGAAAGAACCGUCAUCACCCCUUGCCAGUAAAGCCCAGUCCAGUAAAAUUAAGAAGGGAACAGAAGCACCGAAAGGCCAGUUAAAUCAACAUGUCAGACAGCAACACAGUUCUCCAAAGCCAUCCCCGAAACCUGAAGUUAAAGUCAAACCACCAUUGGCACCAAAGCCUCAGUUGCCUCCCAAACCUCAGAUCAUUCCUCCCAAGUCCCCACAGCAUGGCAGAUCAUACGCCCAAUGCAAUGGGGAUGCCUCUGGACGUUUGUCUUCUGAACUCCUGGAAAUGGAACCAGACACCAUGGAGUUUAAGUCUGUCACAUCGGGCGGAUUGCCUCCCUCGUCUCUGAUCACUGCAGUGCGGUGCAGCAAGCAGCCACUUCCUAUCACAACUACACAAGCUGAGGAAAAGACAGAAAGGCAGGAAAACAGCCCAAAACUGAAAAAGAGUCUGCCACCUGAAAAUGAAGUACAUGUUGUUUCCAAAGACAAAACAUACAUUCCUAAUGAAAAGGAAACUCCUACAGUUGAGGGCAAAAACAAUGUGAAUGACUUACUAACAAAAAAGCCAAGCCAACCCCUUAUCCCUCGCUCAAAUUCAGGUACCAAGCUAGCUAUUCCCCCUCCAGUGCCCCCCAAACCCACUUCUCCCACCAAUCUUCACCCGUUAUCACUACCUGCUAGCUCUCCUGUCUCCCCUACUGAUCCAAGCAAAGGGAUUUUUAAGGACACUGUCAGUCCACCGAAUGGAAUCCAUCCUUGGAGCAGCCGCAAUGGCAGCAUCCAGUCAGGACCUAGGAGGGUUUCUCUGAGCCAUGAGAGCCUGUCACCUAAAAAUACAGAUGCACCGCUCACUCUUACCACCUCGCUCACCUCAACCACCUCUAAAGGUGUCGGGGGUCUAGAAGGCAGGGAGCCUGGAAGAUCUGGUUCAGGAUCUGAUCUGAGAACCAGCUCAUCCAGCCUGGGAGGCAGACUACCAGCAUCUGCACUAAGAGGGAAGAUUCAGGCUCUGCCUUGGUACAUGACCAGGUCCCAGGAGAUUCUAGGAACUCUAGACUAUCCCUCCACUAGCUCCAUCAAUGGGGACACAUCUGGAUUUGGCUCUGGUUUGUCUGUAGCCAGCGGUUUAUCGGACUUAAACAAAACACCUGUCAAGGACAAAGAGACAAUGAUCUCAAAUUCAGGAAGCAAAGGUAACAUUUUAGAGGAUGGAGCCGAGGUUGUCAUAGCAACUAUCAAAGAGGCCCAGGAAGUGACAUCACACAUGAAGAAGGCCGAUGGUACAAAUGGCUCACACCCUAAUCUCAGUUUUAGAGAAAACAGUGCACUCAGUGGCAGUGUGUCAUCAGAACAGCCUCAGUCACGGCCUCAUUCAGCAGUGGGGUUGGGAGGUGUGACUGACAUGCAAAUUGGGGGUGACUCACCAACCUCUUCACUGGCUGACAGUACUCCUCCACAGCAACACCGGGAAGCUUGUGGCUGCCGCACUGUUUACGCCAAUUGUUUCAGUGGCGACACAGAGGAUGGUGUUAGCUUUGACGAGGAGCUCACUGUUUACGAGUUUUCCCGCCGAAUACGUCCCAAACCUGCCAAACCUGCACCCGUCCCUUCACCAACAACACCAUCACCGAAACCCAACAUUCUGUCCCUGCUGCGGGACAACCCUCGCCCACUGUCUACUUUCUCCACUGCCUCCUCUGAACUCAGUCCUCUAGUUUCAUGUCCAGUUUCACCCACAACUUCCCUUGGUGGUCCUCUUCGUUCUCUUACUAACAAGAAUUAUGGUGGGCUGAAAGGGGGAUUUGCUUCUUUACGACAAGAUAUAGAUCAACUUCUUCUGGUCUUAGAGAGGGGACCACUUGACCAACCACAACAAACACCAUCGCAAGAUUUGAAGCAGGAUGGCACAGGCUUAAAAGGAGAGCCUGACCUAAAUCACAAUGGAACUGAUGACAGUACUACCCCAGCACCAGGCUUAAAUUGUAUGGGGACAAGCCCUGCCACCAUGACAGAGGCUGAAAGGAGUCUUCUCCAAGCAGAGGCUCGACGGUUGGCAUCUGGAUGUCAGCGGGCCACACGUGUAGGCUGGGCGCCGGAUGAAGCCCUACGUUCUUUAUCAAACAGCUUCAGCGCCUUGGUUCAGUUGGCAGCAGCCUGCUUGCGAACAAACCCCUGCCCUGGUUGUGACAUCUGCCAUAAAGCGAGCCUGCUCAACAGGGACGAGGAUGAUGACAGCCAGGAAGCCAUGGACAAGCUAAGAGAGAUAGUGGGUCUGUACCGGGAGUUUGUGGUGGCUGUUGAGGCAGCUGGAACUGGUGGUGGAUUCGGGAGUAAAAAUGCAGGCCUCAGUGGGUCUGGACAGGGUCAGGGGGAGGGUGACGGGGUGAGGGUACUAGCCAAACGCUGCACUGUGCUCAUCUCCUCUGUAUUCGCACUUACACAGCUCUUCCGGACACGCACACUAGAUCCCUCGGACACGCCUGGCCGCGUACCUCUCAACUUUUGACCUGUGAACUUUUAACCACUAAUAACCCACUGACUCUCGAGCCGGGGCAAGAGGAAACAGCACAGAGCUAUCUGGUGUGUAACUCCUGUGCUUCUGUACAGUAAGUGCCAUGCACACCACAGCACACACAUACCCACAUUACACAUGGAAACACACACACACACCUAACAUAACACUAGAGGAUGAGAGGAAAUUUCAUUGUUUGGCCUCUCCUUGGACGCAUAUGGACUAUGCAUUUGUAGAUACGAAUUUUAUAAUUAUCUUAUAAUUCUCUUAUUUUAUGAUACAAUAUGUGUAUGUAUGUAAGGAUGGAUAACCCAUGUAUGUAUUUAUGUAUUUAUUUUUACAAUAUUUGCACCAUGGCCUGUCAUGUUCAGGUCCCUGGUGAGAAAAAAAAAAACUAUGGAUGUCACUGGAAUUUUUAUUUUUCCUUCUCUUUGAGACAGUAUUAUGUUAUCUUUUGCUGCUUUAAAGAUUUCUCCUCUCCACAAGGUGUAAUCUGUAAAUUGUCAUUUUUCAAUUUUAUUAUUAUUAUUACAGUGCGUUUACUGACAGAAUACAGAAAAUAGACUUUAUCACAUGUGCAAAAUAUAGUAAUUGACUGAUUUGUUUUAUAUGUGCAGCUUUUGCACCUUUGUAAGGAUUUAGUUUUUCAACAUUACAGUCACAUAUAAAUGGGAUACAAAACUAUACCAUUACACAGCAGGGAGAGCACUUUUGACUGUUACAGAUUGCACCUUUUUAUGAGACACACCCCUGUGUAAAGUGUUUUUUCUACCCCUUCCCUGUUCCAACUGACUCUGAGUGAAUGCUUCUUGGAAAUACUCCCAUUACCCAAACGUAUGCAGUAUUAUAACAUUAAUCUAGUUUUCAUCCAAAGGACACAUACAUAUAUAUUUUCUGGGAAUGUGUGGGUGGGGCCCAGGCAGCAAAACAGGGUUAAAAUGUUUAUGUAGUUAAAUGUUUUGAACUAGGCACAAGGGUGACUGUUAAACUUUGUCCUGAUGUAGCAAAGAUCCAAAGUCUUAAAACACUGAGCCACAACUCUUCCCUGCUAUGGUUUCCUCUUUGGGUGCACACCAUUUUAUCAAGAACACGCUGACUGACAGAUGGACUGACUGCUGUAUGCUGGGGUCAGAUCUGUAGAUAUACAUUUAUAUCUCUGUGUCCUUUUCUGUCCUCACCUUAGUUUAUGGCUAUGCAAACAUAAACUCCUCAACCCCCACAUACUAUAUUUAUGUUUUUUGUGCUAACAUUAAAAACAACAAUAGCUGCAUUAUGUUUGUUUGAAUAUAAUGGGUGCUUUCUUUGUUUGGAAUGUUGGCUUUUGUCUUGUUUCAGAGAAAAAAAAAUCUUUCCGCAUUAUGGAUUGCAACGUUUUGCAAAGUUGCAUGGCAUUAGCAUUUGUCAAUAUAAAAACUCCUGUCUAUACUGAUGUCUGUGAAUUGUCAGUAAAAGGAUUACAUUGCUCGAUCAGUUUGCUGAUGUACAGUGUUCACUAGUCAGAUCGUCCACAUCGCAUCAUUUGAUGAGCCAUCCCAUUUGAAGGAUUUACUUGAGCCACCUACGACAACAGGAAGGUAAUUAGGCCAAAUCAGUCAGUAGUUGCUUAUACAGAUAUGAUAAGGGGAUUAGCUGAAAAAAAAGACAGCUUUAGAGUUCAGAGACAGGCGGCGAGGAGACAGGCUGUGUAUUAAAUCUUCUAAAUUGAUGACUGAGGGAAAUUCUGUCUAGGUGACAAUAAAAAAAAUAAAUUAAAAAAGGUAAGCUUCUUGUGUGCACUUCCAGUUGCCAUGGAGGUAAUGUCCGGUAGCAGUGUCCAUCAUAGCACUAACAUCAGAACAUUUGGUAACAUCUCAGGAGUGUCUCCUGUUCUUCAUCAGGCAGGCUAGAACAGUAGAGUGCCUGUGUCGCCGGCUUCUUCCUGUAAGGUAAACUUCAAUGAACAGCAUUUCAUAUUCAGAGAGAACAUUGUGUUUCUACAUAGGCAGUCACUUUUCCUUAUCCACGUUACAAUAAAGUCAAUGUACCAAGAAAUGUAUUGUUUGGGAAUAAAUGACACACUGACCUUAAUAA